GAGUACCAGUCUCGCGCUGCUGCUGCAUCCCAGAUUGAGCAUCACUGGGCUCGAUAGAAAGAAGGGUAGUGCAAGCAAGAACGCAUUGUUGAGACCUUCAGCCAUUAUUGCUCCGCUAGGAGAAGGAUUGGAAGUUCUUCGGUCAGACAACACAUCGACCUAAAUAAAUAUAAAGGGGGAGAAAUUGUGCUACAUGGAAAUAAAAUAGAGACGUGACAUUUUCUUUUUUUAUUUUAUUUUAUUUUCUGACAGCAACGCAUCCUUCACUGAGUUUCAAAAUGGCUGAGAUUACCAAUCUAAAACCAGAAUAUGAUGUGUCUCCGGUGUUGGCGGGCUUCAUCGGCGCGGGGGUGCUGGUGCUGGUGGUGGUGGUGGCCGUCUUCCUGUGGACCUGCUGCCAGAGGCGCUACCGGCAGAUGUCGGGCGGCUACAAGCUGCACGGCGCCCACCACUGCGACUCGGCCGCCGACCCGCCCUACAAGUUCAUCCACAUGCUCAAGGGCAUCAGCAUCUACCCCGAGACGCUCAGCAACAGCAAGAAGAUGGUGCGGGUGGCACGGCGGCCCGGCGGGCGGGGCGAGCGGGACCGCGAGUGGGGCCGCGUCGCCGGCGGCAGCGGCGGCGGCGGCGGGGGCGGGGUCCUCCUGGUGGACGCGGCCGAGGGCGGCCUGCGUCACCCGCCGCAGCUGCAGAUGAACCAGCUGGUGAGCGGCGGGCAGCCCAAGCUGGAGCGCGACCUGCCCAUCAGGGCCGACUACUGCUGCCUGGACAGCAGCUCGGCCAGCACCAGCGCCACCAGCAGCACCGCCGCCAGCAAGACGGCCACGCCCUUCACCCCGGCCGACGAGCCCGGCCUGGGCCAGCUCAGCCUGGCCGUGGACUACAACUUCCCCAAGAAGGCGCUGGUGGUGACCAUCCAGGAGGCGCGGGGCCUGCCGGCGGUGGACGAGCGCUCGGGCAGCUCCGACCCCUACGUGAAGAUGACCAUCCUGCCCGAGAAGAAGCACCGCGUCAAGACCCGCGUGCUGCGCAAGACGCUGGAGCCCGUCUUCGACGAGACCUUCACCUUCUACGGCGUGCCCUACAGCGCCCUGCCCGAGCUGGUGCUGCACUUCCUGGUGCUCAGCUUCGACCGCUUCUCCCGCGACGACGUCAUCGGCGAGGCCGUGGUGCCGCUGGCCGGCGUGGACCCCAGCACCGGCCGCGUCCAGCUCACCCAGCCGAUCUGCAAGAGGAACAUACAGUGUGUAAGCCGGGGGGAGCUGCUGGUGUCUCUGUCCUACCAGCCAGUCACACACCGGCUGAGUGUGGUGGUGCUGAAGGCCAAACACCUGCCCAAGAUGGACAUCACCGGCCUGUCAGGCAAUCCCUACGUGAAGGUGAACGUGUUCUACGGCCGGAAGCGCAUCGCCAAGAAGAAGACGCACGUGAAGAAGUGCACGCUCAACCCCAUCUUCAACGAGUCCUUCAUCUACGACGUGCCCGCCGAGCUGCUGCCCGACAUCUCCGUGGAGUUCCUGGUCAUCGACUUCGACCGCACCACCAAGAACGAAGUGGUGGGCCGGCUGGUGCUGGGCGCGCACAGCCCGUGCUCCUCUGGCGCCGCCCACUGGCGGGAGGUCUGCGAGAGCCCCCGUCGGCAGAUCGCCAAGUGGCACAGCCUCGUCGAGUACUAGCGGCGCCGGCGCACCCCGCGCGCGAGCGAUCCCGCAGAAAUGCCCCUCUCUUAGAGAGCGGCGCAUGCUCCCACAUCAUACAUCCCCAUUACAAACAAGCCAAUAAACAAACCCCCCGGGGAGGACUUGUACAGUGAACUGCUCUCAUUCAUCAAAGGUCAUCCUGAUGGUGAUAAUGAUGACGGGGUCGAAGUGAAUUACGGAAAGGACUUUUUACAAUUGUAUCCUUAAAAAAAGCAGCGUACACAUGCUCACACCCUCCUCCCCACCCUCCUGUGCACAGAUAAAAACACACGCACACACACACGUGCGCAAAUACGCAUUUUUAUCAAUGACAAUAGAAGACUGAUCACGAAGAACCAAAAUAUGAUUAGAAAUACUCGAGCACAUGUGCUCACACACACACACGCACACACACACACGCACACACACAGACAUGCAUUCACACACACACACACACACACUGCUCACUUGUGGGGACUCACACCCUUCCUCUUCCCUCUACCCCCCUUCCUUUGGUUGUACUGCGGUGGUAUAUACGUUCAUUGUAUUGCAUGUUUGAACAAUGAAAAACAUUGGACACAAAGAAGUGCGUAUUGCUGGAGCUCAGAAUGACAAGUACUUUUUCUCGUGUUUCUAAUGCUAGCAGAGGGGUAUUCAUGAUACUUGUACUAAUACUAGUGAAUUUUAAAAAGAGGUCAUCUUAGUGUGCUCUGAUAUCUCCUUGGGGUGAGCGAGAGGCCAGUGGGCAGAGAUACAAGGCUCCUUACAUUAAUAUCUUUCGAUUAACUAUAUCUCAAAUAUGCAUAUACCAUUUUCAUCACCUCUUAUAAGGGUCAUGUCAGCUGUAAAGUCCAUGACACGAUAAAUGUGUUGGUACAUUGUGGACAUUGCGGACAUUUCAGUGUGUUGGAUUCAAGCAUCCGUAAAAGAUAUUCUCUGUUUCCCAGAGAGUUUCCCCCUCUGUUUACAAACAUAGACUGCAAAUAUACACUCAGUGGCCACUUUAUUAGGCUCACCACAUGAACGCAAAUGGCCUGCUUGGCCAAGCAGCGAAUCAUGUGGUUGCAGCUCAUAUGAAGCAUGCAGACAUGGUGAAGAUGUUCAGUUGUUUGUGUGAUUGUUGGUGCCGAACGGGGUUGUUUCAGCAUCUCAGAAACAGCUGCCCUCCUGGGAUUUUCACACACUACAGUCUCUAGAGUCUACGAUAUGGUGCGAUAAACAAAAAGAUCCAGGGAGCGGCAGUUCUGUGAGAUAUGCUGGAUAGUCCACCAUGUCACAAAGCAGGCAUCACCUCAAGCUGGUUACUAAAAUAACUGUCACUUGAGUUUAACACCAGUGGCCUGCACAAUCCCCAGAUCUCAAUCCAAUAGAGCACCCUGGAGAGGUGGUGGAAUGGGACGUUCGCCGCAUGAAUUUAAAUAAAAAUAAAAAAAAUCUGCAGGAAGUGCGUGAUGCUAUUGAGUCAGCAUGGACCAAAAUCCCUGAGGGCUGUUUCCUGUGCUUUGUCGAAUCCAUGCCUGAAAGCAUUCAGGCUGCUCCACAGGCAAAAGGUCCUACCUUGUAUUGCACAGAUGUACCAGAGUGCCCACUGAGUGUAUAAGAGACAUGUUCUCACCCAAGCAGUGCGUAUGCAGAGGAAACACGGGUGUGUAAUUGGCCAGGGAUGAUGUCCAGCUUUUUUCUGUAUACGAUCUAUAGAAAAAAACAUUGCUAUUUAUAAAUGAAUAAGACGAGUUUGCAUUUUCCAUGACUCAAAUAUGCUUGUUGCUAGUGAAGAAAUCAUUCCAAACUGACUCUUAGAAAGACACCUGCACAUAAGAUUCGAUUUUAUAUUUGCCAAAGAUCUGGAGGCUUGAUUAUGUCAUGUCAGUUUUGCAGUAAUAAUUUCAGAUACAUUCCUAAUUUAAAAAUAAUUUUUGGGUGAUUAAUAGAGCUCACUUGACUGACAUGGGUUUAUUUAAAUGUCAUAAAAAGUACUAUGUUGUGAUAUCAUUUGAUUCAUAAUGGAACUUUCAUAUCCAUUAUAUUUAUGCUUUGGUGAUAACACAAAACAUUAAUUCAAUGUAGCUGUCCAAUCUCACACGACUGUUUAUUGUUCAAAGGGACCCUUUGGUUACUAAAUGUGUGUGUGUGUGUGUGUGUGUGCGCGUGCGCACGCAAGUGAGAAGUUGAAUCAGAGUUCGUAGAAUGACUCAAAGGAGGUUGUACAUUUAUGUCAUAGGUUAUUUCUUCCCUCUUUUUCUCGUAUUUGCAUUUGUCAUAAUCACAGUACUGAUACACUGAUCUAGCCUGGGGACUCCUGCAUCAAAGUUGCCUUUGAAAACUCUUAACUGUGCGUGAUCCAGGAGGCAGAGUAGCACAGCAUGUUUCUGUCUGCUGCAGGGACAGAGAGUGUUACUGUAAUACAUAACUGCUUACUCUAAACACAAAUCAUCUAUAGAGAGGGUUGGCCAUCAGACACUUAAAACAACAGUGCGAUAUGGACUGAUUUUACCUCUAUGAAAAUAUUUCCCCAGUACAUUUUUCAGUAUCCCCAAUGCAAAACUGGGGUACUUACACCCUAAUAAUUCUGACAUAGAGUAGACCAGUCUGUAUGAACCACUGGGACUGUGGCUAAAUUAAGCUACAGUGCAUCAGGCCAGUCGUAUCUUGGCACACCAUCUGGUCAAGAACGUGGCAUUGACACUGAGCUGCAGAAAUGGCUCUGAAAUAGACACACUGAGUGCAGUUCAGUUUCUUAAACAAAAUAUUUUUUCCAGUUAGAGGCUUCACAAGUAAAUUUGGUGCAACUACCUCUUUACAGUGUAUAUGUGCACAUUCACACACAGCAAGGCUCAUGAAAGGAUUUGGUUCCUGUAGAAAAACACCCUAGCAGCUCAUGCUAGUACAGUAUAAGCUAGCAGAUAUAGUGUAGUGUCAGCGUUUUGAAUUGUUUUAGUUAUCUCAUCUGGAUAGCCUAGGGGUUUGGUUAAAUGCAUCUUUCAUGAUUAAAGGUGUGGUAGACAUCUGAUAUUUCAGACUCAAAGAUAGUAUAUUUUCUGUUUCACUGCUCUUACUGUAGGGAGAAAAAUGGUAGCUUGUACAUAUUGUAAUAUAGAAGGCUGAAACCUUACUAUUGUUUUUUUUAACAAAUUGAAAUAUAACUCUAGAGUCAAAUUGGGAACAAUGAAGAGGAAAUGUACUGUAAUAUAAGCAUGUGCUUUCGUUAAUAUGUCAGAAAUGUCCCUACUCGUCUUCAUUCUCUCUCCAUUAAGGUAACAAGUCGCAGACAGAAAUCAUCCUGAGAAAGAUUUCAUGGUUGUGGGCAGCCAGAGCAAUUGGAUGCACAUUAUUUAUUGUCUGUUUUUGUAUUUUUGCAACAUUUGCAUUUUUAUGUGAGGAAAACACUGUGGGCAAAAUCCUUCCCAUGAAUUCUCUUGUGCAAAAGAAUCCAAUUUUGUGCUUGGUUGAAUAUGGGUCUGUUGUACCACAAUGUGUCGGUUGGUUCAUUGUGAAAAGCUUUUACAGCAUUAACUACCAGGUUAAAAUAUGGUAUAUACUGUAUUUCUGUGUAACGGUAUACAAAAACAAUGGCUAUUGGGCUGCUAACAAGAAAAGGGCCAUUAAAUGGUAUUAGUUUGAAUUUUUGUAUAGUUCCUCUUGACUUAUUGAAAAAUUGUCAGUCUUCAUGGUGAUUGCAAUAAACACACAUGAAAGCUAUUGAGCGGCAAUCAAAUCCAAUCAGCUUUUACUUUGUAUCUUAAGCCCAUCCAUGGUCUGAUGUAUACGUACACAGUCAACUCCUCCGAUACCUGUGCCUGCUGGGGCCCCAUGUGUUUGAUUAUGAUACCUAUCUGACAGAUACAUGUUGUCAUUUCUAAUCUCUAAUGGUGUAGCAUGUUAGAGUCUCAAGGGGGAAGCUCUGUUUGUCCAUCUUUGUGUGAGCACAUAGCCAAAAGCACACCUUGUGGGAACUAAAACAGGAAAAAAAAAAACAACUCAAUGAGUCAUUUGUGAGGCGUUUGGAUGAGAGUGUUAAAAGGCUGCUGACUGCACUCCCAUGAUGCCGUACGGCGGGCCUAAGAACAGGGAGAGCGCAGCGGUGCGCGCGUGAGAAGCGGGGCUCGCCCAGCGAGGCCCUCGCCCGCAGCGCUGUGUGCAGCUGCGGAGUGCAGGCUGAGCGCUCUGUGGAGCCGUAGACAGGGGGAUCACAGGGAGAGCCAGCGGGCCGGUGGGCCUGCGGUCUGGGCCCGCUGAAGCCCAGGUGGAGGAGGAGGCAUGCGUGGGCAGCCCCCGUGGCUGACCUUGGGAACUUUCCUCUUCCUCUUUGUCUCUCUGUAUUUCUCCUGUAGUCCUGUACAUUCUGUCCAAGCUUACCCUUCUCCCUUUUUCUGCUGUGCCUCUCUCUCUCCCCCCCCCACUCUCUCUCAAUUCUUUAAUUUCUUCCGAUCACCCAUUCCACAUCUUGAUUUACAGAAGGAAGGAUCAAAUUAAUAUUGAUUCUCUCUUGAGAAGAGAACAGAGGAUAAUGUUGUGCCUAAUUUAAGCAUUUUGGCUAUGGCACAUUUUAGUGCAAAAAAAAAAAAAAAUCGUAACAAGUUGUAUCCUACCUACAAAUGCAAAUCAAAUUUUUGUCGAGUUGGUUCCUCUGUUGAUCAGUGGAUCUUUGAAAGUCUGAAGUACUGAAGGUGCCCUGAAAAGCAGAGGAUGUACUUACAAGAACACAAUUUCCUAAGUGUGAACCCCCCAGUACACUAUUUUUAACUAUUCUCUGUUCCUUAUCCUCUUAGCUUUGGAGGUGAUUCAGGUUCUGUUACCUUAUAUUCCUUUAAUUCAAGGCUCCAGGCAGCAUUUUUCCCUUUGGUGUCUGCAUACUGUUGCUCACGGACAUUAGAGAUCUCCCUGUAAAGCAGUGGUAACCAGCCCUGUUCCUGGAGAUCUGCCAUUCUGCAGGUUUUCACUCUAAACCUAACAAAGCCACACCACAUUCAACAGCCAAAAUUAGGGUGUGCCAAAUUAGGGUUGAAAUGAGAACCUGCAUUAUGGUAGGUCUCUCUGGGAACAGGGUUGGUUACCACUGCUGUAAAGUGUGAACUUGCCCAGUUCCCCCUACCCUGGCUUUCUCUGAUACCCCAUGUCUUGGUUUUGUUGUCUGCUCUCUUGUACAUUGAACUGGGGAUGAUAUAUGAAAAGUCAAUAAAUUAACUGUAAUAGAAGUAAUGACCAAUGAAUAUUAAAUUGAUACCAGUCACAAUUCAGAAUAAAUAACUUUCAUGUGAAAAAGACAUGGAGUAAAAAAACAGGAAACCUUAACUGUGUAAACUGCAUAAUACCAUAAAGUCUAUGCUAAAUAUAUUACACUAAUGGUAACGUCUAUGUUGAAUUUGUUAAUACACAUUGAACGUGCAAAUAAAAACUGAUACACCAGUA